CCAGCCACUUCCGGGACGCUCUAGGCGGCCCGGGGGACUCGGCGUUUCUGUGUCUCCGCGGGUAGCGGCGGGCGCGCGGUGACCGUAGGCUCGGAUUCGGAGAUGGGUGCAUCUCUGGGCCGAAAAGGCGGGGCCUCUUGUCCUGGGCAGGGGUGGCAGCAGGGCAGGGUGGGCCCGGCGCCCCCAGCCGGGAGGCCUCGAGUCGGGACGUUUCUGAUGAAGGAGGGCAGUGCUUGAGCCCCUCCCUUUGCGAAGUCCACCGGCCAACGCUGUUUUCCUCCUCUCUGGCCUCAUCCACCCCUAAUUUAGAUGAUUUGGAUGAUGAGAUUUGAAAUUUCUGAGCUGGGGAGACUUGGAUGACAUUCAGACUUGAGUUGAUGCUGUAAUGAGUUGAGAUUUGGGGGACCUUCGGAUGGGGUGAAUGUAUUUUGCAUGGGGGGGCAGAGGACGUCCAAGCUCGAAUCCCCAGAACCGGUGACUGGGUCACCUCACAUGGCAUCAGGGACUUUGCAGAUGCAAUUGCGUUACGAUUUUUGAGAUGGGAGAUUAUCCCGAUUAUGAGGAUGGGCCCGGUGUCAUCACAGGGUCCUCAUAAGAGGGAGGAAGGAGGCACAGAGCCGGAGAAGGAUGUGAGGAUGCAGGCAGAGGGAGAAAAAGAGAUGUGACAGCAGCCGCAGGAUGGAGUGUGCGCCUAGAAGAUGGAGGAAGGGGCCACCAGCCAAGGAAUGCAGGGCCUGCAGGAGACGGAAAAGAGCCUGCAGAAGGAAGAGCCUGCAGAAGGAACCAGCUCUGUGGACACCUUGAUUUUUAGCUCCGUAAGGCUCGCGUCAGACUUCUGACCUCCAGAACUGUAAGAUGAUAAAUGUGUGGGGGUUUUGGGGGUUUUUUUGCGAUACGGGGGCCUCUCACUGUUGUGGCCUCUCCCGAUGCGGAGCACAGGCUCCGGACGCGCAGGCUUAGCGGCCAUGGCUCACGCGCCCAGCCGGUCCGCGGCAUGUGGGAUCUUCCCGGACCGGGGCACGAACCCGUGUCCCCUGCAUCGGCAGGCGGACUCUCAACCACUGCGCCACCAGGGAAGCCCUGUGUGUUGUUUUAAGCCCAGUUUAUGGUCAUGUGUAGCAGCAGCAACAGGGAGCUAGGAUAGAUUUGAAUAGUUCUCUCCCUCUUCGUUCACCUUCUUCCCUUGGCUCCCAGGACGCGACCACCCCUGGCCCUCCUUCCUCACCCUCCCCUGCUGAUUCCCAACGGGCCAGCUUCACCCCCUCGGCUCUCUCCUCUCUGUCCACGCCCCCUCCUGGGAUCUCCUCCAGUCUCCUGCUGUGCCUACCAGCAAAGGCAGGCAGCUCCCAAAUUUAUGCCUCCUGCCAGGACCCCUCCCGCAAACUCUAGCCGCCUGUGCCCUACCCAGCGUCCCGACGUACGUAGCCUUCUAACCCUCGAGCCGGCAUUUCUACACCUGCGCUCGCACCCCUCCCCUGGCCGGGCUCCAGCUUCACACCACCCACCGCGGUGAGUGGCAGCUCCACGUCUCCAUCGCUCCGGCCAAAAACGCGGAGUCGUCCCUGACUCUCUGUCCCCCCACCCCCACGCUCUGCCCUCCACAUGCAGGCAGCGUCUGGCCUCUGCUCGCUCCCCCCAGGCCGCCCUGAACCCGCUGUUGCCUCCCCUGGCCCUGGCUUCUGCCCUUGCCCCCGGCGGACUGGAGGGCCCUUAGCCAGCGGGGUCUCCGGGGAUGGUGAGGUUGACCCCAGGAAGGCCGGCUUCAUCCCCGCAUGGCACUCUGCUGCCACCAUGUGGGAACCGGAUCUCUUGCUCCCGUCAGAACCUGCUGGGGCCGAUGCUCCCACGAUCACACUGGGAGCCUCGGGCCUCGUCUCCAGGACUGAGUCCACUCAGGCAGAGAGGAAGGGGUCGGGAAGAGACAAGGAGAAGGAAGACCAUCCCCUGGUGUCACAUGAAGCCUGGCAUGGAGGGCCCCCUCCCCCAAGUAUCUCCCCAAUGCACAGGGUCAGGCCCCCCACCAAGCCAGACUGUCCACAGCCCAAAGGCCUUGGAGAGGGUCUGGCUGGGCAGACGCCCCCUCACCGCCCCCUCCAGUGGCAUCCCACGUGUCCCAGAAAGGUCCUCCUGGGCCACCAGGCCUGGCGAGGUCCUGCUCUCACUGUCUUCCAAGCCCACGGGGCUCCUGAGUGCUGCGGCCCCUCUGCCCAUGGCCCUUGGCCUGCGCCAUGCUGGGCACCCAGCCCAGGCUCCAGACCCUCGGGUGGAGAGAUGUCCGGUCCCCCCAGAGCCAGGGCAAGGGUUUCUCACAGCAGAGGGGACUUUACUUGGGGGCUGGGGGUGUGGCCGGAGCUCCUGGCUCCCCGACUUUGCUCGGGGAAGUAGGAGUGGACAGGAGAAGGGGGGCCGGCUAGGGGCUCAGUCCUGAGAGGCACCGAGGCCCUGAGGACUUGGGAACACACAGGAGGGGCACCUCUGUGACCAGGGCUCUCUGGGGACAGAGACCCCUGAGCCCAGGACAGACGGUGUGGGGCUGGCGCACCGAUCAGGUGGACGGGGUUUCAGUGCCCUGCACGCACACUCAGCUGUGGGACACGCAUUUACACACGCCCUCCACGUGCACUGUUCACCCAGGAACACACCCUCACACAUGCAUUCCACACGGUCGCUCCUACAUGCAGUUUUCACACACAGAGACACCCUCACAGAGUCGGAGCUUGCAGCACACGGCUUUAAUUUUGAGAACCUAUAAUGGGGAGCCCGGCACUGUGGACGCUCUCCCCAAUCUGUCAGGGAUCUGGCAGUGCACCAGUUACCCUCCUGGUGAUACAUGCAUUUUUCUAAAGGAAAAUGUCUACAAAUGUGGAAGAGAAUUCAGUUGCAGUUUUGCAGUAUACCCCAUCUUUAUUUUUUUAAUAAAUUCUGCAUAAAAUAAUGAAUUCAUCCAAAACUGAUGUCCAUGAAAGUGUGGAACCACGUGGCAGCCCCAGGAGGUGGCAGCGGCCCGUUGGUAAGGAACCCCUGUGAGGUGGGUCUAACCUACACAGCCUGCCUCCCCGCAGUGCCCAGCCCCACCAGUCCUAGCAGCCCCAGCUUCACACUGACAAGAUCAGGGAAAUCUCUGAGCUAUGUGAACAGGCAGGGUUUCCAGGGAACCCAACCGGUUUGGGCGGGCAGGUGGAGGGCCACAAGAGAACAGGAAAAUCUGGAGUCCUAGGAGGUGGCCGCACAGCAGAGGAAAGGAAGGGGGCUAAGGGGAAGUCACAUCGAAGCCACACCUCGACCCCAUUCCUGUGUGGAGGGACCGCAGGCAGUCACGCCCCCACAGGCCUUCCCGGAAAGCUGGAUCCCACCAAAGGAUCCAGGCUGCAUUGAGGCUCACUGCAUGCCCCGUGCAUGAGUGACGGGAUGGGGCUCAGCACUGGCCCAGGGUCGGCGCUCAGACUUUGACCCCAGUGAGAGCUCAGUUUGGGGCCCAGGUCAGAGCUCAAACUGUUAUUAGGAGUGGAGUUUAAUAACUGUCCACAGGGCAUCACAGCCGUGGUCUUCUAUAUUUGAGUCAUGUCCAUUAGGUCAUCUAUCUCGGUCAGCUUGGGCUGCCAUAACAAAAUACCAGUAUGGGGGACAUAAACAAGAGAAUUUUUUCUCUUCCAGUUCUGGAGCGCAGCAGUCUGAGAUCAGCGUUCCUGGGCGGGCAGGUUCUGGUGGGGACUCUAUUCCUGGUUUGCAGGUGGUUCCCUCGUACUGUAUCCUCGCGUGGUAGAGAGAGCUGGCGCCACAUCUUCUCAGGUCACCGAAUCCCAUCGUGAGGGCCCCAACCUCAUGACCUCAUCCAACCCUGAGGCCCCCUCUCUGAAAACCAUCAGGCUGGGGGUUAGGGCUCUAACAUAUGAAUUAGGGGAGGACACAGUUCAGCCUAUAGCACUGCGCCCUUGGCCCUCGAAAUUCACGUCCUUCUCACAUGCACGGUGCAUUCCCGUCAUCCCAAUAAGCCCAGGAGUCUUAACUCAUUACAGGGUCCGCACUAACCCCUAAAGCCCAAAGUCUCCUCCAGACCCUCUCUACAUCAGACGUGGCCGAGUCCAGGUGGGAUUCAUCCUGGCAAAUUCCUCUCUGGCUGUGAAUCUGUGCAACCAGACAAAUUACGUGCCUCCAAAAUAUAGCAGAGAUUCCCACCACAAAGGGAAACAUCGUAAGGGAGAGUGGCGGGUCCCAACCCCAGCAAAGCGGCGUCACCGCCGGGGCUCCCGGCGGGUCCUGCCUGUGUCAGCCAAGGACUCUGUCGUGCUGUGCUGCGCACGGCAGGGUGUGGAGAAGCAUUCUCGGCCUGCACCCCUGGACGCCAGGAGCGCCCCCAUUCGGGCGACUGAAAAUGUCUUCAGGCCCCACCAAACGUCCCCUGGGUCACGGAAACGCCCCCAUCUGAGAACCACUGCCUUACAGCAACCACUUCAUAUCAAAUCACAUCAGCGAACACACGGGCAAGUGUCAAUAUUUGAAGAAUGAGUGCUUCAGGCUGGUGCUAGGUGCUGGGUGCCUUGAACACAAAACAGAUAAGAAAGGUCCCAGCCCAGGGCACCGCAGCCCCCCGUGAACUGGGGUGGGGGAGGGGCACAGACGGGCAGCCCCACAAGGGAACAGUGAAGGCACAAACAUUUUACAUCCCACGUGACGCAGCUGAGCUGAGGGGGCGGGGGGCGGGGGGGGCAUGUUCGGAGAGAAAGUACCAGGCACGUAGCGUGGGCAAGGAAGGUGCGCCGGUGCAGGGGACACGCUCACCUCUGUGUGACCUUGAGCAAGUUCCUCCCUCUCUGGGCCCCAGGCUCAAAGGGACAGAGCCCGGCCUGGGGGGAGCCGGGGGGCUGGGGGCGGGGUAGACCCCAGGAGUGCUGUGAAUCCCGGGAGGGCCGGGUCUCAGGGCACCCCUGGCCCACACUGCCCUGUCACCCUGCUCCCGGGCUGCCCCCCACUGCGAAGCAUCCGCUGCCCCUCAGCCUUCCCUGCGGCCCACGGAGCCCCUUCCCCUAAGGAUGUUGCGCCUGGCAACAUCCUUUCCACCCCUGACGUGCCCUGGGCCCUUUUCUGGGGGGUAAACCAAGGAGGGGAGUGAGAUGUGCUCCACGAGGCCAUCCACAGGGCCAGGAAGACCUGAGGAAAUGAGAGGCCCUCUCCCCCUGUAGGAGGAGCUCGUCGCCCCCAGACACACCCUGGGGCCAGCAGGCAGUGGGUGCAGCCUGUGCCUGCCACCACCUGGUCGACACUCCAAGGGGUCCCAGGGAGACUGGGCACAAAGGGAGGGUCAGGCUGAGAGGGCAGCAGCAGCCAGGAGCCACCGGCCCUCCCUGGUGCAGAGGAAUGAGGGGAAGGGCCAGUCCCAGAGGCUGGCUGGAGCUGCUGUGAUGGGAGAAGGCUGGUGACAUGGAUGCAGCUGCCGCCAUGGUGGCCCAGGCUUCAGGUGCGGCAGAACAAGUGGCCUGACUGCUGAGCAUCUCACCCUCAGGUCUUGGCCAGUGGAAGCCUUUAUAGGAUCCUUAUGGGACCCAGGACACAAACAGGGUGGAGAGGGGGCCUGGGUCUGGAUGGAAAAUAUCUGGCCCAGUGCUGAGCUCUUGUCACCUCCUCGUCCCGCAGAGGCCACUGACGCGGCAUUUCCAGGACUCCCUUGCAGCUAAAGUGCCACGGUGUGGUGGGGUUUUGAGUGAGGUCAUGAGGGUAAGGCCCGCAGCUCCAGCCCGUACGCUGUGCUCCACACCCGUGCGACCUGGCAGCCUCCCCAGAAGGUCCCCACCAGGCCCCCUCUCUGCAGCCCACAUUUCCUUCCUGCUGAUUGUGCCGUCUGAUCAAGGCCUGUCACCCCAGUGGGACUCAGCCACAGGGGUCAGCAUGGCUCCCACACAGAGCACAGUGGGGCCGAGAGAGGGGCCCUCAACCUGGGUCAAAGACAGGAGUGAGUGAAUCUGGGGAAUACGCUCUCCUUUCUCUGGCCUUGCCGCCCCUCUGAGGUGGUGGAGAAGUGGUCUGGGGCCCCGUCCUGGGGCGGCUGAGAAAUGGCCCCUGCCCCGGGCAGGCUCUGCCUUCCCGAAGCAGAAAGAAGGCCAAAGGGAGCGGGAGGGUGCAGCCGUUUGGGGGCUGGAGAUUGGGACCUGCCCCGCCCUGGGGCCCUGCAGCCAGGAAGCUACUGGUGUUGACUGUGGGCGGCCACCCCCCCACCCCAGCCAGCAGAACAAUAUAAAGCCGCCCAAGGUCUGCUCCCUGCUGCCCACCCACCACCAUGAAGGCUGUCCUCCUUGCCCUGCUAGCCGCUGUCUUGGCCCUGCAGCCAGGCACCGCCCUGCAGUGUUACUCCUGCCAGGCCGAGGUCAGCAACCAGCAAUGCCAGCACGUGCAGAACUGCAGCCACUCUGAGACCCAGUGCUGGACUGAGCGCAUCCGUGCUGCUGAUCUCCUGACCUUCAUCAGCAAGGGCUGCAGCUCGCACUGUGUGGAGGACUCAGAGAACUACUACGUGGGCGAGAAAAACGUCACAUGCUGCUCUACUGACCUGUGCAACGCCAGCGGGGCCCACGCCCUGCAGCCGGCCAUUGUCACCCUGACGCUGCUCACCGCUCUUGGUGUGCUGCUGUUCUGGGGCCCCGGGCAGCUGUAGGAUCCAGGAGGACCCUGUUGUGUCCCAUGCUGGGCAGUGGUGCCCGGGGGGCACUCCUCACACACACCCGGUCCAGUCACAGCCCCUUCUGAACCCUAACUCAGGUCGGACGAUGCCCCUCUGCCCUUUCCAGCCCUCCCUGGCUCCCUCCAGGACUCCUGCCCAGCUCCCACCGCCCGGCAGGCUGCGCUCUGUGAUGUGGAACAGCGUGCAGAUGGCCCAUCAGACCCCCUCCCAAUAUUCCGACCCACCCCUUAACCUUCACUCAGGCACUUCUUCCUCCAGGAAGCCUUCCCUGCUUGCCCCCUCCACGAGCUGAGCCAGGUCCUGUCCGUGGUGUCCCCCGCACCCAGCAUGAAGCAGGCUCUCAGGAGGGCCCCAAAAAGGCUGAGAGGAAAUGUUCCGAGUAGAAUUAGGGUCAGAGGUGUGAGGUCCUGGGAGCCCCAAGAGAUGAAGCUUGGAGGGGGGAACAGCUCCCCAUGUUCAUAGGGGUCCUGGGGCAGCAACCCCAACACACAGUAGGCCCUUAAUAAAGGCCCAUGGGCUUGGUUGCAGAGAACCUGUCCUUGCAUGCCUGCAGGCUGAGGUCAAGGUUGGGGUCCAGGGCUGUGGAAGGUUGCCACCUGGGGCCACGUCUGUGGCUGUGGCUGUGCCCUUGGCUCCGGCCAGGGCAGGAGCAAAUGUCUGACUCCUGGAAGGGAGGACAUUGCUGCAAGGCCGUGUCCCUGGGACCUCCCGGCUCUUGCUGUGUGGCCUCGCACAUGUUGCUCAACCUCUCUGAGCCUCAGAUGCUCACUGGGACCCAUCUCUGCUGUGAGGACUGACCCAGAGACUUCAAGGCAUGGAGACAUUUCAGGGUGGGAGGGGCUGCUGCUGCUGCAUGAGGCCGCCAGAACCCCUGCGCUGUCCUCCCCCUUCAGCUUGAGGACAGCCCCUCUGUCUGUUUCUUCAAUUUCUUAUUUUGUUUGUUGUAAGGGCUUCACACCCAGAGCAAAAAAUUCAAACUGUACAAGAGGGUCUCCAGUGCUGAGCCAGUUCCCCAACCCCGACUGCGGGCCCCUCCCCUCUCUAGGAUGCUCCCAUCGCACGCUUGGGGCUCCUUCUGGGGUAACUAACUGUGAGGCCUGGGGGAGCCCCAGGGGACACGGCCCCUGCCUGGCCUUUUUCAUACCUGGGAAAGUCCUUUUGAAAACCCAGCUGGCCCCUGCCCUCGGGCACCAGGGCUCAGGGAGGGCUGGGCCCUGGGUGAGACCUGCCUGCACAGGACGGUGCUUCCAGCCCACACCAGGCGCUGGGUGGUGGAUUAGGCAGGAUUAGAACCCGGGUACUGGAGAGACCCUCCAGGUUGGCACAGCAGCAGGUGGGGUGGGGUCCCACUCACCAGAGUCCAGGCCAGGGCACAGGGAGCCCCAGGCAGCCUAGUGUUGCGGGUGGUGACGUCGGGAGGGCAGAGGAGACCAGAGGUCCCCGCACUCAGAGCCCACAACAACCCACACCUUAGCGCCUCCCUGUGGAGGGGUGCUCCGCCCUGGGGCCAAGGCUCAUGGAGGUGAGGUGCCCUGGGCCCCAGUGGUUUGAAUUCUUUGGGUCAACAUGAGAGGAGAGAGAUGGCGGGUGGGUCCCCAUGCCCUGUAACCCAGGGCCUCCUCUCGCCUCCUGAGCCGUCCCUGAGGUCACGCAGCCUUGAGCCUCCAGAAGAGGGACAGGCCCCGGGAGGCGCAGGAGCGCUCCGGACCCAGCACCGCGGGGCAGGUCUCCCCCUCCCGCAGGAUGGAGGGCUGACGGGGGCUCUGCCUCUCCAAGGGUGAGGACAGCAUGGGGGCCACCUGCAGGGGCAGCCCAGGGUCCCUGAGCCGGCCCAACGCAGCAUCUGGACUGGGACCCCCACCCGCUCCACCCCACACCAUUUCAUCGUCAGAAACUGUGGGAAAGCAAGAAAGAGGAAGUGCAGAACCCUCUCCCCACGCCCUAGGAUGGGCCCCAUUUUCCGUCCCCGUUUUCACCCUCAUGGUGACGCUUCCUGUGCAAGAAUAAGGAGCAGCCUGCGAGUUACACACCUGGUCACACUCUCUUCAGGAAACCGCUUUUUUUUUUUAAACCUCUAUCUCUCCUUGGUAAGGACGAGACACCCCGUGGUGGCUGAGGUGAUCCUCCGGACAGACCGACGUGUUUUUGUUUUUAAGAUGCCAUUUGCCGAGCACCUUCCGUGGGAGAGAUACUGUCCUGGUCUGUCUGCAUCUAUAGUAAUAGGUGACGACAAAAGCAGACAUGGCAUAGCGCUCACCACGGGCCCCGCACUCCUCUGCCGCCUCCCUUGCAGUCAUUCAUUCAUUCCUCCCCCCUUGGGGGCAGGGCUGUGCAGAGGAGGAACCCGAGGCAGAGAGAGGUGAAGCAACUUGCCCAAGAUCACACAGUUAGAACUGGUGAGGCUGCAUUCCAACCCCGGUAGAAAGAGGCCCAGAGAGGUCAAGGAGCUGACCCAGGGUCACACAGAGGGCUCCUGCCCACCCCAAAUCGGGCCCCUGAGUGGGCAUCUCCCGCCCUGGCCCCAGCUCCCAGCCACACCCAGUCCUGGGCUUUCGUCCCCUGAGGACUCUGGCUCGCCGGACAUCUCUCCGCCGGGGCUGAGGUUGAUGACUGGUCUGGCUCCCUGGGGAUGUCCCCACCCUCCCCACUGGACUCCAGCUGCAGCAGGAAGUCAAGCUAGAUGGGAAGGAGAGUGGGUCUCCAGCAGGUGCUGUGCAGUCCUGGAGUACCCCAGGGGGCCCUUCCUGAGUCAGAAGAGAUGCAGAGUUCUUGCCCAAGCGCCCACAGCUGCAGGGCACAGAGCUGGGACCCCAUCCAUCCACCCCACAAAAGCUGUGGGGUGUUGGGGCAGCCCGCAGGUGAGCAGUUCGCCUGUGCCCAAUGCUUGGACCACCACCGUGGCCCGCUGCCUGAACGUCAGCACAUGCCCUGGGAGCCCAGGUCUGCCUCACCGGGGACGCUGGCUCCGGGACUCACCCUGGGCAGACAGCACCCAGAAAAGAACCCCAGCACAGAAGUAAUCGAGUCGGUCUCCCCCAGGGCUGCGAUAGAGCUACCCUCUGUUAGGGAGACCGCCCCCUUUUUACGGAACUGAGUUUCAGGUCCACGAUGGGCCGGUCCCCCAGUUCGCACUGCGGACAAACAGGUCUGCGCCCUCGCGAUCCUGGUUCUGUCCCGCCCGCAGGCUACCCCUUCGUGGCACUGUGGUGGUGACCAAGGCGUGCGCGGACCCAUGCGAGCCCUCGAAGGCGGAGGGGCUGGGCCAAAAGAGCCCACAGAGCUGCUGCCGCCAGGAUCCGUGCCCCGCGCGGGGCGCUGCUGGGGUCCGGGCCGGGCCGGGCCGGGCGGGGCCCGGGAGCGACUCUGGGGGCGGGGAUGGGCGGAGCUUGGGCGGGGCCGGGGCGGGGCCGAGGUUGGGUCCCGGUCCAGGGGUUUCCCGCCGCGUUCCGGCCACUCGCACCGCUGCUCCUGUUUUGCCGGGCGGCAUCCUGAGCCCCUGCUCCUCUUGGGUCUGGAGCCUCGAAUCCAAGCAGGCAGCCGCUAGAACUUAGGCUGCGGGACUACCUCUGGCGGUGACGCCCGGUGCUACCCAGACACGAGAGUCCUUGAGGAACCAAGGGGACCCAGAAGUACCCCUCCUCUGCUCCUCCACCCUGCUGGAUACUCCAAGCCAGGGCCGAGGGAAGGGAUCGAGGUUCCGCGCCCAGGACUCCUUCCAGCCUCCCAAUAAACGGCCAGUGACCCAUCACAAGAUGCCUGCGUCCAUUGUGUG